AUGCCGGUUCCUGUUCCAUCCACAUCAACCCACCGUGCGCGAUGGCAGCGCGGGGGGCGGCGGCGGUACUGGCGGUGGAGCAAGGCGGCUCCGGGACCGCUUGACCGCCCGGUCGUCCGAGGCCAUCGAGGCGGGGACUCUGCUCCCCGAGACGAGAACCCGCUGCGGCGCUGCCUCUCGUGGGUGGACCUCGGCUUCGGCUCCGUCGUCGGGUCCGGCGUCUUCGUGCUCACCGGCCAGGAGGCGCGCUUCGACGCCGGCCCGGCCAUCCCGCUCGCCUACGCCGCCGCGGGCUUCUCCGCGCUGCUGUCCUUCUUCUGCUACGCCGAGCUCGCGACCGAGAUCCCAUCUGCAGGGGGUUCCUUCUCCUACCUGCGGGUCGAGCUCGGCGACAUGGCGGCUUUCCUCGCCGCGGGGAACAUACUACUGGAGGCCGUCGUGGGAGCCGCCGGCCUAGCGACGCGCUCCGCAUCCACGUCCCGGUGCUCGCCGAGGGGUUUCAAUCUGCUGGACCCCAUCACCGUCGUCGUCCUCAUCUCCACCUCCGCGCUCGCCAUGUCCGGGGCGCGCCUCAUGUCCACCAUCAACUCGCUGGCGUCCGUCGUCGGCAUCGUCAUCAUCGCCUUCGUCAUGGGCGUGGGGUUUGCCCACUUCGACAAAGGCAACCUCGAGCCGUCCUUCUUCCCCUUCGGGGCCGCGGCGGUGGUGUACUGGUCCUACACGGGGUUCGACAUGGUGGCCACCAUGGCCGAGGAGACCAAGAACCCCGACCGGGACGUGCCGCUCGGCCUGCUCUCGUCCAUGGACUCGGGGGCUACUCCCGUCAUGAGCGCUGAUCGCUUUACGAACUCAAGAUCUGUUCAAGUCCGUGCGUGGCUCCAUGUAGUUAGCCACACACUCGGGGCUACUUCCAUCGGGAGCGCUGUCCGCGCACCUGAUGAAAAAUUCUAA